AUGUCAAAGAAAAAAGGUCUGAGUCUCGAUGAAAAGCGGCAAAGAAUGUUGAAUUUUUUCUAUGAGAAAAAGGACUUUUUUCAACUUAAGGAAUUGGAAAGGUUAUGCCAGAAAGAAAGAGGCAUCAACUCUAUGUCUGUAAAGGAUGUAUUGAUGAGCCUUGUUCAUGACGGUUUGGUCGAUACUGACAAAAUAGGGACUAGUGUUUACUUUUGGGCGUUUCCCAGUAAAGCUGCACAAAAACUUAAAAACAACAUAGAAAAAGUAACAGAAGAUAUUCAGAACACACGCUACCAAAUUUCUAAGAUAACGAGAGCUUUGGAUGAAGCUUUGUUAAAAAGGAAAGAUACAGAGGAGCGAAACAGAGUUAUAAACGAGCUAACUGAACAAAAGUUGUUGCUUGAAUCUCUUAGUGUUGAGCUUCAGAAUUUAAAAAAAUACGAUCCUGAUCGCCUGUUGGAGCUAAAGCAACAAGAAGUGGUGGCUGUUGACUCUGUCAAUCGCUGGACGGAUAAUAUAUUUAUGAUCAAGUCGUGGUUAAAUAACAAAUUUUCUCUUGAUGAAGCUACAUUUUGUCGCCAAUUUGAAAUACCUGAAAAUUUUGACUAUAUCUCUUGA